AUGAUUGGCGUUGGAAUAUUCUCAAGUCCUGGUGUAGUUUUAAGUGAAAUUGAGUCUCCUGGGAUUGCAUUGAUUUUAUGGGUAGUGGGUGGAUUAGGAAGUUCUAUACCAGAUGGAGGUGGAGAAACUGUGUAUUUGGAACAAGCAUACCCUAAUCCAAAAGCACUAUUAAGUUAUAUUUUUAGUUUUGCAAUGAUUGUGGCAAUACGACCAGCUUAUAUUUCAGCUGUCGCGAAUGUUUUCGCGCAAUAUUUCUUAUAUUUAGUCAAAGCGAAUGGACAUUGUGAUGACAUUGAUUACUUGCACCCAAAGGCAUACAUUGUUAAUUGGAACUUUUGGCAAUUACGACUUUGUUCAUUAGCUGCAGUAGUUAUAGUCACAGGUUAUCACAUUCAGUCUAACAAAUUGGCUAGUCGUAUAAAUCAAACUCUUACAAUUAUAAAAAUGUUGACACUGUUUAUGAUAUCGAUUAUUGGACUAGCAACAAUUUCUCGGUUUAUUAACGAAAAAGACACGAAUUGGAAAAAUAUGUUUCCUAAUGAUAUGAAUAUUG